AUGUUUGAUAAAUCAAUCUCCUGGAUCAAUAUUUUACUGGUUUUAAUCCAAAUCAAUGAAAUUCAUGGUGAAACAUAUGCAGAUGCAUUUUACGGACAGAUUCGAGGAAGACAACAAAGAACAGAGCGUAGUGCAGGUGUCAUAUUCUUAAUUGUGUUUGGUUGUAUCUUUCCACCUUCGUCUUCGUCGGCAAUCCAAACAUUAUGUAACUGUUGUUCACCAACUUCAAUUCUCCCCGUAUCUCCAACAUUAUUUUCAACAACAUACCCUUCGGAAAUACCUCUGGUUAUCGCACCAAGUCCUGUCCCAUCAUUGAUUUCAUUGUCUCCAACAUCAUCGCUAUCGAAUGUUGAGAAUCGUUCAUCGUAUUGUUUGCCUCUUCGUUCAUCGUCGUUUGAUUUAUCAUCAUUGGUUGCAAAAGCUCGCUGGCGUCGCGAACAAUUCGGCGAAUACCUCGAAUGCGCUUUUUGUAAAGCAAAUGGUGAAUCUUACGAUAUCUACUCUUCACAUCGUCUUCGUGAUAAUGAAAAAAUGAUAACAUUAUGUCCAAUUCUUCGUGCUCACAAAUGUCCACGUUGUCAUUUAUCCGGUGAUCAAGCGCACACCAUGAAGUAUUGUCCAAUCAAAGCUGAAACGAAAGCCAAUCGACGACUACGUGAAAUUGAAUUAGCAAUGAAAAAGAAUUAG